UCAUUCGCCAUGGCUUCCUCCAGGUGCGAGCUAGCAACACAUCAAGGAGCUUAAGCAGCUUGAUGUCUCUUUUCCUUAUCAAGUUGACUAGCUCAUUUUUUAGGAGAACGAUCCCCGAAGGUAGUGUGCGAAAGUAUAAACCCGUAGGCAAGAAGGUCAAGCCGGUCUCGAUCCUAGUAGAAACGUCAAAGGAAGAGGCCAUGGAGAAGGAGGAGGAAAUCUUGCGGGUAAUAAGGGAGAGGCGAGUAACGGAAGGGCAUCGCAUACCAGAUGAGGUAGCAGACACCAUGAAAAUAGGAGUGCAAGGGUUUCUAACAGCGGAAGGAACUCGGUUGAUAAGAAAAGCAUGUCAGGAGUUUCAUUUAGUUUUCGCCUUCAACGAUCAUCAGAAAGGACGAUUGAAUGCAAAGCUAGUUCCCCCUGUAAGGAUCCACACCGUACAGCACGAGUAUUGGAAUGAUAAAGGGCCCGCCUACGAGUUUGGGAUAGCAGCGGAGGUCACCGACCUGCUUAGAGCCAAAAUAGAUUCUUUCGUGGCUGAACCCACCGCAUCUUUCUACGCGAACAAGUGGUUCGUGUUCAGAAAGCCCAAUAAGACACUCAGGUGGAUCCAGGACCUGCAAGAGCUCAAUGCGGUAACAAUUAGGGACGCAGGCUCGCUUCCACAAACCGACUUAUUGGCAGAAUCUCAGGCAGGGCGGAGCAUUUACUUCCUGGUAGACUUGUACUCAGGAUAUGAUCAGUUGCCGCUCGACGCGAGGGAUAGACCGUAUACCGCAAUGCACACCCCGGUAGGACAGCUGCAGAUGCAAGUGACCCCUAUGGGCUUCACAAAUGCGGUAGCAGAAGCUCAGAGGAGGAUGCUCGCCGUCGCAGGGGAUAUGUUUCCGAAAAAGUGUGAACCUUACAUAGAUGAUAAUCCCGUGAAAGGCGCAAGAUACAAGGAUGAGACGAAAGUACAACCGGAAGUGCGGAAGUUCGUCUGGGACCACUUGCAGGAUAUUAAGGACUUACUCCAGCGAUUCCUAGUCUACAACAUUACUGCAAGCGGACCCAAGAGCAUCCUGGCCGUCCCGGAAGUAACCAUACUGGGAUUUCACUGUGGAGCUUAUGGGAGGAGACCCGAUCCAGCAAAGACUGAUAAGAUCUCUCAGUGGUCGACACCCCUGCGUACCACGACGGAAGUACGAGCCUUCCUAGGGGUGGUUGGGUUCUGGAGGAUCUUCAUCAAAGGUUUCGCAAAGAUAGCAGAACCCAUCCGCGCGAGAAUUAGGGAAGGUGACACUAUGGAUUGGACAGAGGAUAGGGAAGAGGCAGCCCAGACCCUGAAAGACAUCCUGUCGUCCGAUCAGGUCACGUUAGCAGCACCCUGUUUCAAUGACGAGGUAGGGCGGCCCUUCAUCUUAGAAACAGAUGGGGGACCAUUGGCAGUGGGAGGAGUAUUGAUACAGAGAAGCGAGGAGGGCAAAGAAAGUCCAAUCAGAUUUGAAAGUAGGACCUUGAGUUCAACAGAACGACGGUAUUCGCAGUUCAAGAAGGAGGUAUUCGCAAUCCUGCAUUGUCUUAAGACCUUCCAGGCAUACCUGUUCGGGAGGCGAUUUAUCCUAAGGAUCGAUCCCACCAACGUUGUCGGAGCCCUAAAGAACUACAAGCCCAUAGACCCGACUGUCGGCAAAUGGAUGGGCUUCAUAUGGCAAUUCGAUUAUAAGGUCGAGCGAAUUGCAGGGCUUCGAAAUAGGGAAGAUGGGUUGAGCAGGGUUUGUAUYACGCAAGAAGGAGUAGAGGACGCAGAACCAAUUGACGCCUUCCUGGAGUACGAAGGAGGGACCCUUGUCGUGGAUAAUGAGAUGGCACAUCCGGCAAUUACAACAGGACAGUUGUUGAUUCAGACCCAGGAAAAGGGCGCACCUGCAGUAGUUGCAAAACUCAGGGAAGGACCAGUCACCACGAUCAGGCGUAAAGAGGAAAAAGACUCGUGGGGAGCAGAAGUAGGGGCCGGAGAGGAAUUGAUGGCAAUGACUGUGGAAGGGGGAUGGGACGUCGUAAUGACAUUGGCCGAAACCUGGGCGCAAAAGGAGUGUCAGUACCUAGUCAACCUCACUCGGGAGGAGCAGGGUGCGGAUCGGAACGAACAGGAAUUCUUCCUCAUACAAAUGUAUGAGGGCGUUUUCAAAGAAAUCGGCUUGCUGCUUGUCGGGAACAAACAGCCCACGGAAGUCAGUCCCAAGGCAAGGGAGGAAGUAGAAAAGUACGUCCUAAGAAAUGGCCACCUGUUCAAGAGAGAGGAAGGGAUGAUGCCUAGACGCGUCGUUUGUGGGAGGUCUAGGCAGCUGGACAUAAUUCAGGCAAUACAUGAUGGACUAGCUGGGGGUCACCGGUCGUCAAAAGAGACGCUUGCAAAGAUUGUGCCCCUGUAUUUCUGGCCAGGAAUGGCAGGCAUGGUCGCAACCUACUGACUAGGCAAGGAACAAACGGCAACAGGCAAAAUGAAAUUCGGAAAUGAAAAUGACAGCAACGCUAUCAAUAGGCCUACUGAGGGGCAGUCAUCGAGACAGGCUGGGGGAUCAAGCUCCAGGAAGAGGAAGUUAUAUGUGGGGUUUGACCAUAACCUGGUGCUAAACAGAGGGGGCAGGAAACAAGGGACCAGAGGGUCAUCACCACUGAAGGAAGGGGAGCCAAUAGAGUUGCCGUCAGAGAGUGAUCCUAGCAGCAACGAAGAGGGGAACCCAGAGGAGGGACAACGGUCGGGGGAGAAUGAGCCAGUUGAGUUCAUCGACCUCACCAGCGACGAGGAGGAGGACGAGGUAACAACGCCCACAAGAGAAGAACGGGGAAGAGGGGAGCAGCCGGGAGAGAAAAAGGAUAAAUGGAUAGAAGAGUUCGGGUAUGAGUUCAGUGAUUGGUUCGAUCAAUGGGGCACUAUCUUACCAAUGGAUCAUGAAGGCAAGGGAAAAGCUGGGCAGGGGAGAGGAUCUAGCCCCAACAACCUUCUUCACGGAACAGACACUCCUCCAGUUUAAAAAAACAAAGAGGCAAAUGGAAC